GAGGCCGAGCAUCAAAUCUCCCACGGCAUGCCAUCCACCCAUCCACCCAUCCAUCCAUCUUCGCAGGGGCCUUCUUUUGCUGCUGCUGCACGCAAUUUGUGCCUUCCCGCGCGCCCUUGGCCGCCGUCACCGAUGGACCCGUGCGAUGGAUCAGAUGGAGACGAAAACGAAGAAGCAGAAGAAGGAAACGAUGUCAAUCCUCGAGCAAGGAUCCAUAUCUUGUCAGUACCGGCACCGUAAAUAAUACACCGCCACGACAGUUGGUGUCUCCGAUGGUGACCGACGACUCUCAACCGUCGAGGUAUGGAGCUUGGCGUUUGCCCUCCCGUUGUCGUUCGCGCGUGAACUCGAGCACUUGAAUAUGUAUGUAUGUACUCAGCUAUCUAUAUUGUGGCAUUUGGCUUCGGUGCAUGCACGUUGGAGACGUCGUCCCUUGGUUUGCCCAUGUGUCAAACCAGGCAAUCAAUCGGGUAGAGUGCGCUUGCCCGUCGGCCAGCCAGUCCCGAGAACGCAAAUGACAAUGGAAUUCUAGUGGGCCGACAUUUGACAAGGCCGUCUUCGACCCAGGGUUCAACAUGGACAACCCCUUCCCGCCGCCAUGGGCAUUUCUGAGUUGCUGAAUGACGAUGGAAAAAUGAAAAAAAAAAAAAAAAAAAAAAAAAAAAAUAUGACUGCCUACACGUAUGAUGCAUGUGCCCCAACCAGCAACCUUCUUUUGAACGUGCAUGCAUGCAUACUCAAGUACAUAGGGAUACGUGCAUACAGAAUGCACCAAGAGAAGAUUCCUUGUCCCUGCCAUGAUUUGGUGGGGCUCCCGCGAGAACUCGUCGGAUUCCCUCUCAUCCACAAGCACGGGCACCGCUCCUGUUCUCCGCCACCCAAGCUAAUCCACUUCGCACUCGUCUCGUAAGCUACCUCGCGGACUCCCGAAGAAAGCAAAAAGGGGAGAGAAGACAGAGAACAUAGCGUUGUGUUUAGCAGCGGGAAAAAGAACAUGGUGUACCGUGGAACGUGAAAAGCUGCCUGCAGACAAGCGCCGCAGCCGACACCCUCGAUGUAGUAUCAAACCCCGCCUUGGCGUGGCCAUUCAACGUGCUGAGCACCCAACAACGAUGCCCUGAAUGGCCAGCUAACGACUGCCACUGUAGCAUUUGCUCGCUAACAGAGCACCUUUCAAGAAACUGCAAAUGAUGAUGACUGCAUGGUGGUGGGCGCACGCGCAUCACCCAUGUACAUACCUGGGUAGGCAUUGGCUCUUCAGCUUCUCAUGUACUCACCCACCGAUCAGGCAACCCGACACGACAAUGAUUCCUACCAAACAGCCAGCGUCCUCGCUACAUGCUCUGCCAUGGCAAUACUGUUGGGCUUCCGAAUGCACGACAUCUUCGGGCUCUAAUAUACUCGGUAGCCUUUUACCGCAUCGGCUCUAGUCUACCUACAUCCUGGCUAUAUCAUCGCAACCGCAUUCUUCUAACCUGUGCGGCUCAAUUAUGCUUUCAAAUGUUGAUAGAUCGGGCCAUUCCGCCACCUCUCUUGCCUGUUCUACUCACUCAUCUGCAGCGGUACCCUUUUAUAGUGCUCAAAACCAUGGAAGAAAUGACUCAAUCUGUAAAUAUCGACAGCGAUCAUGUACCUGAAGAACUCUUCAUGUCUGGAGUAAUGGACGCAGUCACGAAUAACCGACCUCUUACAUUCGCGCGCUAAUUUCCGUCACUGCGCCACAGCCCGUGCCACACAGCGACCUCCAACACCAACACGUUCAACACCACCCAAUCUGGCUACCAGAGCGGACACCACACCAUAGUCAUUACUACUUCUACUCGUCAUCGCCCACUCGCUGUGCGCUUCUUACUUUGCGCCACCUGACUGCUCACCUCACAUCAUCCAGACAUUGAUUCCCCAAAGUUCUGUCAUACAAGUUGGACUGUCCAUCACGCGCCCCCGUUUGCCGGGACAAUGAACAAACAACAUGACCCAAACAUGCCCGUGCCAUCAACGUACAUCUUGCUCGUUUAUCGGACCCCUAUUACGUGGAGCAAACAACUCAUACUGAAUACCACGUCAAUCUGAAUAAUGCAUCUUCUAGUCCCUCUUUCUUUCCUUUCACACCCCUCCUUCCACAUAGUGAAACCCCAUUUUCCUCGCAGCAACUCUCACUUUUGAAUCAAUAAUCAACUACCAUGCCGCAACCAAAACCUCCACUUCUUAAACUUCCCCCGGAACUCCUAUUGGAGGUCGCCCGCUACAUCCCCACUGACGCCAUUAUAUCGCUCAAACUAACCCAUCGGACCUUGAACACCGCAUUCCCCUCCCUCCCACUCCUCCUCCAAAAACAACCGCUAUCAGAAUGCUCGCGUUUCGCCAUCGAGAGACUCCUCUGUCCUCCGGAUCCCGACACCAAACGCUGCUUCGUCUGCAGGAAACGGUACCCGGCGUACAUGUUCUCCUCGACCAAAAGUCCAGUCUGCGCACCACCCUCACAUAGAUCAACACCGUCCACGGAAAUUGUAGAUCUGCCGUCGUUCUUCUGCGCAUGGCACGUUGGUCGUCUUGUGCGCAUCGUGCGCACUGAGUCUGGGGGUCGAAAUGAGUGGGUCAGCGAUGUGAAGAGGAUGUGUGUGCAUCUUGGGUGUAUCCAGGGCUGGGAAAAGUGUGGGUGUGGGUGUGAGUGUGAGAGCUGCGGGGUUGUGGUGGUGAGGACGUAUACGAGAUAUUUGAAUAAUGAGAGGGAGUGUAAGGGGUUUACUUUUUGGAGGAAGGUUGGUGGUGGUGCACGGGAGGGGAUAGAGGGAUCGAGGGGAGAGCUAAGGGUUAGAGAGGAAUGCGUGGAUGGUGUGCGAUCUACUCUGGAUUUCCCAGUUCGUUACGAGCGUACUGUAAAAAUUGUGGAGUCAAAGCCAUUGCGGGACAAUACUCGAUCUGUCGAUGCGGUUUCGAUCGGUUGGUGGCUGUUCUCUAGUGUCUGUGGUCUGGUCGCUAUAAUGUUGGCCGAGAUCAGAUCCCUGUGGAAACUAGCCAGAGAGAUUCCCAUCUAA